CUUCUGCUCCACGCAAUGCAUUCUCCAAAUCAACUGGCUCCAGGGUCCUGCUUCAACUGCAGGCGCCAGAAGCAGCGAUGUGAUAGGCUCCUCCCGCAAUGCUCCCGUUGCAGCUCGAAGGCGGUUGCCUGUGAUUAUAAAGCAACGACUACCUCCCAGACAAGCCCCUUUUCACCCGGAACUCAGGUAGAGGCAGCCGUGCUGGUACAUCUUCGAGACUCGUGCAGUUUCGACCUGUCCCUGCUGGCCGAACGCUACUUGAUAUGGGCAGCUUGUGCGAGUGGCGACAGCGUGGGUGAUGAGGGCAGCCAUGCUCAGCCCACGCUGUCCACACUUAUCCAAGACAUCUUCAGCGCAGGCGGCGUAGACCUGCCCGCCAUGAUUGAGACUUACUUUACCAUUGCGCACAGCUGGCUUCCCAUAUUAGACAAGGAGCAGCUGUAUCUUGAUAUAAGUCACCUCCUCGGAUACCCGGGAUAUCAAAACGAUAUCGUUGCACUUCUACUUCUUUGCAUCUACAUCUUUAUACAGCAACCGUGCCAACACCCAAACCAUUCAGUCAAGUCCGCCCUAUACCGCACCGCUCGGCGCCUGUUCUUUCUCCUUCAGACAUCAGCUCAUAGUUCAGAUAUUGCCUUGCUACAAUCUGGUCUUUUGCUGGUUGCGUACGAACUUGGUCAUGGCAUGAGCAAGGAUGCCUAUGGGACUCUUGGUGUGUGCACGAGUCUCGCGCAGCAGCUGAGUCUGGAACCGGGCGGCUGUGAUCGAGGCAUGAUACAAAGACCCGAGAUAACGCAACUUGAUCUGUGCUGGAGCGGGAUUGUGCUGCUUGAUAGGUAUGUACCACCAUUAUCAAGCAAAUCCAAGGCUUAUGAUUAUGCCAACGGCGCUUAUAGAACCAUCAUGCUAUCCGACUUUGAUUACCGUAUACCACAGUCCGUUGGUCUCAACCACCAGUUCGUAGGUGCGGCAGUUGGCAAGGCGUCGGAUGAGGAUCUCCAUGGCGACGACUUGCCUCGCAAGUUUGUGGCACGGGCAAAAGUGGCUCUGCACAUUGGCAAGAUACUCGACGCCAUGGCGAGUCCAGACCCAGCGCAAAGAGAAGCAGCAGAAACAAGCCUCCACAGGCUGCAAGACAGCUUUGCUGACGUUGUGAGAAGCGCUUUGGCUAUCUUGUACUGUCUGCGUGAGACGCAGGUAUCCGCCCUUAGCAGCCCCGCGACACGUUCGGCUGUUCAAAGCGUGUACAACAUUGUAUUUGACACAUUUCACACCGAGGGCGAGAUUGUCCGCCGUAGAGGCUGGGUUAAUGACAGUCGACCCUGUUUUAUUGGUAUAUGCUGUUUGCAAGGUGCCGCCAUUCGCAUGGAUCGCCUGUACGUGGACGGCCUCGUGGGUGAAGACUUGAUGGAGCUACGAAGCACUCUUGAAUCGUUCAGCACUCGUUGGAAGCUCGGAGAGUCUUUCAUCGAGGCAUUACACGCUGGAAGAGAGGAUUCAUCGCCUGAUAGGUUUCAAAGCAUAGGAUGCUCUCGAAUGAAGCUAGAGUGUCGAGUACCAGAAACAACACAGAGGAAAAAGCGCGGAAAGUCAACACGGGUAGCUCAACUGGAGAAAAAGAUUGACGGCAUCGUCUCCCUCCUCGCUGCCCAGAAAGGCCUCUCUCCCUUGACACCAGAGAGUCCUCAAGAUGUGCCAGCGCAGCAGCAGCCAAUCCCUGAAGACAUCCAGGCAGUCCAGCUUGCCCCUGAUCGCCUCCCGCCUCCUAUUAUUGGGCGUUCUGAUGAUGACUAUGCAGACCUGGAGCUAUUCCCAGGCUUCCGCAUCACCCAUGAUGAGGCCACGAAACGGUUAGAGGUGUAUCGUCGAGACUAUGUGCCCGAGUUCCCCUUUGUGCCCAUGCCUGAUUCGCUCGCGUCCCAUGAGUUUUAUUCCGAGUCGCGGUUCUUGUUCUGGACCAUUCUGGCUGUUGUCUCGCCACUCAAGGAGAAAGUGCAGAUGGACUUCAAAGCUUGGUUCCGCAAGUACCUCGCCGAGCAUGUAGUCAUGGGCCAGGAAAGGUCACUAGACAUUCUUCAGGGGAUGCUAGUCUACCUAGCCUGGAACGACUUUCACUUCUACGGAGACCUCCAGGUCACCAGCAUUAUCCAGCUGGCCAUCGGUCUUAUAAUCGAUCUAAGGUUAGACAGACCAGCGGGAGCCAUCCUCGGUGCUCCACGCAGCUUACUAGGAGAUGCGUGGACUUCAAUGGGCAAACCCUGCUCCAAGAUCAAGACGGAUCAAUCGUCACAAGACAAGAGAGCCGUUCUGGGGAUGUACUACAUAACAGCCAUACUGAGUUCAUUCUUCAAAAAGAAUACCAUCGUGCCGUGGAGCAACCAUCUGUCGCAAUGCUGCGACCACCUCAUCGAGGCACGAGAGUACGAGUCCGACCUGUACCUCGUGGCUCUCGUCAGGAUGCAGCACCUAGCUGAGCGUGGCUUCAGUGCCAUACCAGCCGUCGACUACUUGGACCCUACUCCACCGACCUUUCGAGGCCAUGUUGCCAUGACCAUGAACAACGUCCAUCGCGAGCUGGAGAGACUCUCCAAAUUCCAGCCAGACUCUGUCAAGCAGAACCACGCAUUUUGGGCUCACUACUACACCUUGCUCGUGCGCCUUUACGAGCCCACCAUCCUCAUGCGAGCAGCCCCCCUCAACACUUCAGACGGAACCCUCAUGGAACCACUCCAGCACUCCGAGUACAUGUGGAAAUGCCUCGAAGCAGUAGCCGACUCGUUCCAGGAGCAACUCGCCUUCCCCGCGGCUCAAAUGUCCACCCUCCCCGUGACGGUCAACUGCGUCCUUGCCUUUGCGACCGUCACAGCCUCGCGCCUCAUCCUCUCGGAAAACUCUCCAGAUUGGGACACCAGCCUUGCUCGACGACGACUCAAUUUUCAAGAUAUACUCAAGGGUUUGAGCGAUCAGUUUGAAGCGGCGGAUCAGGAAGCACUGCGACUCGACCGAAGACGUCGCGUCAUGGAAGACGGUAGCAGCGUGUUUCUCAAAUGCAGCUUCAAAGUACGAUGGAUUCGACAAUGGUACAUGAACAAGAUACCACAGGAAGAACAGCAGCAGCAUCAGCAGCAACAGCAUGUGGAAACUCCAUGUGCAGCGCUGGCGCAGACACAGAGCGUGAUUGAGCCGACUCCAGACUGGGCGGCCAAUUUCCAAUUUGAUGAUGACUUUUGGGCGGAUUUGAUGACGGGAUACGAUGCUGAUGCUCUAGACACGUCGCUUGCGAGUGUUGCACCGGCCCAUUAG